UUCACCCCGGGCCCUCACGCCUCUCCCCACCUCCUUUCCCCCCCGCCUCCUUUGUUGCCCGCCUGCUUAGGGAAGGCAGCGCAGCUUGCGCGCCGCGGUGGCGCCACCUCCGAGGCGGCGCGCAAACAUGGAGGAAGAGGCUGCGGAGGCUGCUGCUGCUGCAGGAGCAGCAGGACCGGGCAACGGAAGCUGAGGAGAAUACACGGUCCUACUGCUGUUUGCAGCUGCGGAGCAGGAACCAACGGACGUUAUAUGGAUCAUAUCUGAAACAUCAUGCACCGCCAGUGGCUGCUGUUAGCUGCAUGCUUUUGGGUUGUAUUCAUGUUCAUGGUUGCUAGCAAGUUCAUCACAUUGACCUUCAAAAAUCCUGAUGUGUAUGGUGUCAAGCAAGAGUCGUUAACAUUGACAGCUAUAACUAAAGUAGAGAAAAUUCAAGUGACGAAAGCGAAAAGGUUUCCUGGAGAGAUUCAGACAAUAGGUAGAGGUCUAUCUGAAGACAUUAUACAUCAACCUUUGGUCCAUAUGGAAAGGCUUGAGCUACUCAGGAAUGUGUGCCAAGAUGCAUCGCUGAAAAACCUCACUCACACUACUGUUUCAAAAUUCAUUUUGGAUCGGAUAUUUGUAUGUGACAAGCACAAGAUCCUCUUCUGUCAAACUCCAAAAGUUGGCAAUACUCAGUGGAAGAAAGUCUUGAUUGUUUUAAAUGGAGCUUUUUCUUCCAUUGAGGAGAUCCCAGAGAACAUUGUGCAUGACCAUGAGAAGAAUGGUUUGCCACGCUUAUCUUCCUUCAGUGACUCAGAAAUUCAAGAGCGGCUGAAAUUAUACUUCAAGUUCCUUAUAGUAAGAGAUCCGUUCGAGAGGCUUAUUUCUGCAUUCAAAGACAAGUUUGUCCGCAAUCCUCGUUUUGAACCUUGGUAUAGGCAUGAAAUUGCUCCCGGCAUCAUUCGAAAAUAUAGAAAGAAUCGCACUGAGACCAGGGGGCUGCAGUUUGAGGACUUCGUGCGCUACUUGGGUGAUCCAAAUCAUCGGUGGCUAGAUAUACAAUUUGGAGACCGCAUCAUUCAUUGGGUGACCUACGUGGAACUUUGUGCCCCCUGUGAAAUAACAUACAGUGUAAUUGGACAUCAUGAAACCUUGGAAGAGGAUGCACCAUACAUCUUGAAGGAAGCUGGAAUAGACCAUCUGGUGUCUUAUCCUACUAUUCCGCCGGGGAUAACACUGUAUAACAAAACUAAGGUGGAACGCUAUUUCUCAGGAGUUAGCAAGAGAGACAUCCGCCGCCUUUAUGCCCGUUUUGAAGGAGAUUUUAAUCUUUUUGGCUACCCAGAGCCAGAUUUCCUACUCAACUGACACCUAGGAGCUGUGGAUGAAUGAGUAUAGUUGAUUAAAGUGUACAAAAUAAUAUUCUGCGUAACUGAGAUGGUACUGUAUCUUUUGUAGGUUUCAGAAACUUGUUCCUUAUAUCUGUUGGAAGAUUUGCUAUGUAGGAGCAACUAGGGUUGCAAAUCGCUGGCUACUGAAAAUAGUUUUUUAAUACAUGGCACUGCAAUAUGUCAAAAGCAAAACUUGUUAAGAUAGAAAAUGUCAAACGUUCCUCUUUCCCUUAACCAACAGAGGAUGGACCAGUAAUCUAUAAAUGAACUUGAAAGUGAUUGCAUUUAUAAAGAACAUUUAAAGAGGGAGGCAGCUUUCUCUAGAGUUCAUGGGCUAAGGACCUGAAUAUGAAACUUGGAUGUCAACCUGGGACCAAGCAUUGGAAAGCAUUUUAUAGAUGAGGAAAAGACUUCCAGAUUCUGAUGUCGAUCUGAAGGUCUUUUUUCUUGGGUUCCUUUGCCAUAGCCUUAUGAUAGCAGUGACUAACCAUUCAAGUCAAACAGUCGUGCAUUUUUCACUGACAACCUUUGAGGUCAUAGGAGAUCAGAAAUCUUCUGCAAGUGAAGCUACAGAUCCUACUUGUUAAAAAUGUGGGGAAAUUUAAAAACGUGAUGUUUCUUGUAUA